AUGCCUAGGAGGGCCGGGAGCGGGCAGUUGCCGCUACCCCGGGGCUGGGAGGAAGCAAGGGACUACGACGGCAAGGUUUUCUAUAUCGACCACAACACCAGGAAGACCAGCUGGAUAGACCCCCGGGACAGGUUAACGAAGCCCUUGUCGUUUGCUGAUUGUGUUGGGGAUGAGCUGCCAUGGGGAUGGGAAGCAGGGUUUGACCCUCAGAUUGGUGUCUACUACAUCGAUCACAUCAACAAAACCACACAGAUAGAAGAUCCAAGAAAACAAUGGAGAGGAGAACAGGAGAAAAUGCUCAAAGAUUAUCUCUCAGUGGCUCAAGAUGCACUCAGGACACAGAAGGAGCUGUAUCAUGUGAAGGAGCAAAGGCUGGCUUUGGCCCUGGAUGAAUAUGUACGAUUAAACGAUGCUUAUAAGGAAAAGUCAAGUUCUCGCACAAGCUUGUUCUCAGGAUCUUCAUCCAGUACUAAAUAUGAUCCAGAUAUUUUAAAAGCUGAGAUCUCCACUACACGGUUAAGGGUUAAAAAGCUGAAGAGAGAACUCUCACAGAUGAAGCAAGAAUUGCUGUAUAAAGAACAAGGUUUUGAAACAUUGCAACUAAUUGAUAAAAAAAUGUCUGGAGGCCAGAGUGGGUAUGAACUUAGUGAAGCCAAAGCCAUCCUGACUGAACUGAAAUCUAUCAGAAAGGCAAUCAGCUCAGGAGAAAAAGAAAAGCAAGAUCUGAUGCAGAGUCUUGCUAAGCUGCAGGAGCGGUUUCAUUUGGAUCAGAGCAUUGGCAGAUCUGAGCCAGACUUGAGAUCCAGUCCUGUGAACUCUCAUUUAUCUCUCUCCAGACAGACCCUUGAUGCUGGGUCACAAACGAGCAUUUCCGGAGAUAUUGGAGUGAGAAGUAGAUCAAAUUUAGCUGAAAAGGUCAGGCUAAGCCUACAGUAUGAAGAAGCCAAAAGAAGUAUGGCUAACUUAAAAAUCGAACUGUCAAAACUGGACAGUGAGGCCUGGCCUGGGGCGCUGGAUAUUGAGAAGGAAAAACUUAUGCUGAUUCAUGAAAAAGAAGAACUUUUGAAAGAGCUUCAGUUUGUCACUCCUCAAAAACGCAGUCAAGAUGAAUUGGAGCACCUGGAAGCUGAAAGGCAGCGGCUGGAGGAAGAGCUGCUGUCCGUGAGGAGCAUACCCAGCCAGGCUCUGGCCGAGAGAUUGAAAUUGGAAGAGAGAAGAAAAGAGCUGCUACAGAAACUUGAAGAAACUACUAAAUUAACUACUUACUUUCAUUCACAACUGAAAAGCCUCUCUGCCAGCACUCUGUCCAUGUCUUCUGGGAGCAGCCUGGGCUCCCUGGCAUCUAGUCGGGGAUCUCUGAACACCUCCAGCAGGGGGUCACUCAACUCCCUCAGCUCUAGUGAGCUCUAUUACAACAGCCAGGGUGAUCAGAUAGACAUGGAUUAUCAGUAUAAACUGGACUUCCUUCUGCAAGAGAAAGGUGGCUACAUUCCUUCUGGACCCAUCACCACCAUCCAUGAAAAUGAAGUGGUAAAGUCCCCCAGCCAGCCUGGCCAGAGUGACCCCUGUGGAGCGGCAGCCACAGCUACCAGCCACAGUCCCCCGCUGACUGAGGUUCCCAAGUCUGUGACAUCCCUCUCCUCCAGGUCUUCUCUUUCCUCUUUGUCCCCUCCUGGCUCUCCCCUGGUUUUGGAAAGCACAUUCCCCAUGUCUUCUCAUGACACCCCCCUCCAGUUCACUGCUGACUUUGAAGACUGUGAAUUGAGUAGCCAUUUUGCAGACAUUGGCCUUGGUGAAAAUCAGAUAUUGCUGGAUUCUGAUUCAGGAAUAGCAUCCAGGUCUUUUUUAGAGGAGAAGGACCUUAACGAAUGUGCUAGGGAGCCAUUAUAUGAAGGAACUACAGAUAUGGAAAAAACUUUACCAAGAAGAAGAGCAAUACACUUGGUUGGGGAGAAAACAGCUUGUGUGUCCGCUGCUGUAUCAGAUGAGUCUGUGGCUGGAGACAGUGGUGUCUAUGAAGCUUUCAUGAAACAGCCUAGUGAAAUUGAAGACAUGGCGUAUGGUGAAGAGGACGUUGCCAUUGUGGAGACUGCCCAGGUGCAGAUCGGACUUAGAUACGAUGCAAAAAGUUCAAGUUUCAUGGUGAUUAUAGCACAACUCCGAAAUCUUCAUGCCUUCUUGAUACCUCAUACUUUAAAAGUCUAUUUUAGGGUUGCUGUCCUUCCCUCCUCAACUGAUGUCAGCUGUCUGUUUCGAACAAAAGUCCAUCCUGCCACAGAAUCCAUUUUAUUCAAUGAUGUAUUCAGAGUGGCCAUAUCCCAAACAGCCUUACAACAGAAGACGCUGAGAGUAGAUCUUUGCUCUGUCACCACACACCGAAGGGAAGAAUGCCUGGCUGGAACUCAGAUUAGCCUGGCCGAUUUACCAUUUACCAAUGAGAUUUUUACUCUGUGGUAUAACUUGCUUCCUUCUAAACAAAUGCCUUGCACAAAGAGUGAAGGAGAAAAUGAGGAUUCUGUAUUUCAACCAAACCAGCUGUCUGUCAACUCUGUAGACUUGGAUGCAGUAUCAGCCUUACUUGCAAGAACAUCAGCUGAGCUAUUGGCCGUGGAAAAAGAAUUAGCACAAGAAGAAGAAGAUCCAGGGAAAGAAGAAGAAGAGCAAAGGGGUCCAGAUGGAAAUUGGUUAAUAAAGCGAAGAGAGUCCUCUGAUGAAAUUGUGACUGAAGAAGAGACUGAAGUUAAAUUGCCAGAGGGUAGUAGCUAUACAGAAGACUUAAAUUCAAGCACUAGUACAUCUGAGACAAAUGAAAACAAGAAUAGGAAAGAAAAUGAUUGUGCCAAAGACCCUGGAAGUCAGCAACCUACUGGAAUACCCACCCUGGUUGAUAAGGAGACAAAUACCGAUGAAGCAGUUAAUGACAAUAUGGCAGUUCGCCCCAAAGACCGCAGUGGCCUGAGUUCUCGACAGCAUCGUUUUGUGAGGAGCAGCGUGAUAGUACGCUCACAAACCUUUUCUCCAGGAGAACGGAACCAGUACAUCUGCAGGUUAAAUCGGAGUGACAGUGACAGUUCAACUCUGGCUAAAAAGUCACUCUUUGUGAGAAACUCCACUGAACGGCGCAGUUUGAGGGUUAAAAGGACUGUUUGCCAGCCAGUCCUUAGAAGAACAGCACAAGAAUGCCCAGUCCGUACAUCUCUAGACUUAGAACUGGAUCUUCAGGCAUCUCUGACCCGACAGAGUCGGCUCAAUGAUGAGCUGCAGGCCCUGAGGGGCUUGCGGCAAAAGCUGGAGGAACUGAAAGCACAAGGAGAGACUGACCUUCCACGGGGUGUGCUAGAGGAUGAGAGGUUCCAGAAGCUCCUGAAACAAGCUGAGAAGCAGGCUGAACAGUCAAAAGAAGAACAGAAGCAAGAUUUGAAUGCUGAGAAGUUGAUGCGGCAAGUCUCCAAGGAUGUGUGUCGGCUUAGGGAGCAGAGCCGGAAGGUGCCUCGGCAGGUGCAGUCCUUCAGGGAGAAGAUUGCUUAUUUCACCAGAGCAAAGAUAAGCAUCCCAUCCCUGCCGGCUGAUGAUGUAUAAAUUACAU